UUCUUUUAUUGUUGUUGUUUUUUGUGUGUGUGUGGUGUGGCAACUGCCUGGGAAUGAGCCCAUCCUGAGGAAUUUCUGUGCGGGAAUUUGAACGGAAAAACGAAAAAGAAAUGUGUUCGACCACCACAGUGCUGUGUCCUUUGUGCGCUGUGCCCAGUUUUGGUAGCAUUGAUGCGCUGCAGCAGCGUUUAAUAAAGGCAGCCAAUGGCCCAUUGGCAUGUCCAUUUCCCAAUUGCAAAGAAAUGUUCUUGGGUUUGGAUAAAUUGACAAUACAUUUGUUCACGCACACCACUCUAAUGGCAGAGAGCCCAACACCUGUCGGAGUGAAUGCCUCGGCCAAACGGGGCAGAAGUAAACGAUCAAAGGUUAAGCCUGUAGAGCAAGUUGCUCCACCACUAGUAGUAGCAACCUUGGAACCUAUUCAGACACCACCUGCACCACCAACACCAGCACCACCCGUAACGCCGGCACGUUGCGAUAUCUGCGAGUUUAGCUUUCGGAAUAACGAUCUGCGUGACAUGCAUUUCCGUUUGGUUCAUGAGAAUGCCGAGGAGCAAAUCAAAUUGGGCCAAGAGCAGGAGCCCUACAAGUGUCAUCUUUGUGCCAAGACAUUUCGCAUGAAGGGUUCGUUACGGGUUCACCUUAAGGUGGUCCACAUGAUGGGCAUGUCCAGUUCUAGUAUCAACAUGACCAACUCUAGUCCAGGUCAGAAGCCAUUAAAUGCCAAUCCCUCGCCCAAAAUAAACAUAUGCGACCGGAUACGUCACAAAGAGGCGGCAGCCAGUGGCAAUGUGAGCUCAGCUAGCACUAGUACCCAACCGUAUGCAUUGAGUGGAGCCUUGUGUAUGCUCCAACAGACACCAGCGCCGCAUCAGACAUCAGUGCUUGCUGCCGAUUCAUCGCCAGAACCAUUAGCUGGAGGCAUCGUCACACCCAAAGUCUGGGAAUGCGAUGUCUGCACUAAAUCCUUUACUACCAAGUAUUUCCUAAAGAAACAUAAGCGCCUGCACACUGGUGAGAUGCCCUACACCUGUGAGAUUUGCGCCCGCACCUUCACGUUCCAACAGUCGUACCACAAGCAUUUGCUCUAUCACAGCGAAGUCAAGCCGCAUGUGUGUUCCGUCUGCGGGCGAGCUUUCAAGGAGCUAUCCACUCUGCAUAAUCAUCAGAGGAUUCACAGUGGUGAGAAGCCCUUCAAAUGCGAAGUUUGUGGCAAAUGUUUCCGUCAACGUGUCUCCUUCUUGGUUCACACACGCAUUCAUACUGGAGUCAUGCCAUACAAAUGUGAACUGUGCCAGAAAACGUUUCGUUACAAGGUCUCACAGCGUACACAUAAAUGCCUCACGGAGGGAGAGGCGGCACUGCAGCAACAUCAACCACAUCAUGAGCAGCUGCCCCAACAGACGCCCGAGCAAUUGAUUAAGGCAUUUCUAGAGAACAAUGAGUCGCAGCACUCACAACAGUCGCCGGCAAGUGCCGAGAUAGCAUCCAUCACGAGUGGAGCUCAUGAGGAGGCUUUACUAUCGCAGAGCAUCGAUGACAUUGUGGUGGAGCAGUGCCAGAAAUUGGGCAUCUGUGGACUGGUACCACAAUUGCCACCGGCGCCAGUUCCAGUGCCGGUGCAAGUACCCCUCGAAGCAGCCGGUUUGCCACAGUUCAAUGGAGGCGGCAGCAGUUCACCGCUGCAGCAAUUACAGAAUUUACGUCUUUAUUCGCCGCAGCAUGUUGAGAUGCCUAGCUCGGGCUCGGAUGGGGAAAUCUUCGGACGUUUCCUAAUGGACGCUAGUUAA